AUGGCCGCUGCUGAGCCCAAAAAGAUCGACAAGGAGGUGGGUGAGGAAUUGGAGCUGGCUGUUGGGACCGACGAGGCGUAUAGCAUUUACACCAAUAAAGAGAAGUGGUGGAUUGUUGCUAUGGUUGCCUUGGCUGGGUUCUACAGCCCUCUGCCAGCCAAUAUCUACUUCCCAGCUAUACCAACCAUAGCAAAGGCCUUCCACCAAACAGUCGACGACGUCAACCAGACUGUCACAGUGUACCUCGUGUUCCAGGGCAUCUCGCCUAUGCUCUGGGGUCCAAUCAGCGACAGGUAUGGCCGACGACUGGUCUUCCUCGGAUGCCUUGGUAUCCUUGUAGCUGCAAGUAUCGGACUUGCUCUAUGUCCAACGGAUCAGUUCUGGCUCCUUCUUUUCCUACGAUGCUUCCAGUCUGGGGGGAGCGCCAGUACCAUCGCUCUCGGAGCUGGCGUGAUAGGAGAUAUAUCAACAAGCAGGGAGAGAGGAGGAUACUUUGCAACUUUUAAUCUGGGUCCCAUGGUUGCGCCAUGCAUCGCGCCUGCCAUGGGCGGUGCCCUUUCUCAGGGACUUGGCUGGCGGUCGAUAUUCUGGAGCAUUGUCAUCAUGGUCGCUGCCUGCCUCGUCCUCAUCGCCCUUUUCCUACCAGAGACCCUCCGCUCCAUCGCAGGAAACGGAAGCAUUCCCGUCCCUCGCCACUCCCGAGCCAUCAUCCCCAUCGUUGGCCGCAAAGCUACCCAGGAAGCUGCUGACACCGAGUCUCGCGCAAAGCCGAAGCACUCUGUCAAUCCAUUCGUCCUCUUCACCUAUCCGGACGUCAUCGUCCUGCUCACCUUUACUGGCAUUGUCUACGCCGUGAACUACACCAUCACAGCCACCAUUUCCUCCUCUUUUGCUAAGAUCUAUCCGCACCUCUCCGAAACAGUGCUCGGGCUCUGCUACCUGCCCACUGGCGCUGGUAUGAUCAUCGGCAGCACUGUGACCGGCAAGGCACUGGACUGGGAAUACGACCGUAUCAAGAAGCGCUCUGGCGAUUCCUUCACCAUCGAGCACGCUCGCCUGCGACUCAUGCCUUACUACUUGACUCUUUUCGUCAUGUGCGUCAUUGGCUGGGGAUGGACCAUCCAGGCAGAAGCGCCCAUGGCGGCGCCGCUGUGCCUUGGGGUGCUGUUGGGAUGGACAAGCAUGGGUAUCCUCAACACCACCAUGACGCUGAACAUUGACAUUUUGCAGUCGAGAAGCUCAGGCGCCACAGCAUGCACGAACCUGGUCAGGUGUUCGUUGGCGGCGAUUCUUGUGUCGGUCAUCGAUCGCAUGACGAGCAAACUGGGUGACGGGUGGACGUACACGUUUUGGGGUGGCAUUUGCGCGUCGCUGGUGCCGCUGAUGUUUUUGGAGAUCAGGAAAGGGCCGCAGUGGAGGAAGAAGCGCGAAGCAGCUGAGGAGAAGUGA